UACAAACUUAAACUUGUUGCAAUCCAAUGGCGCAAUCAAUUUUGUUCAAUGUUGCGGGCAGCCUUAUAAUGAAACUGGGCUCUCUUGCAUUCCGAGAGCUUGCUUUACUCUGGGGUGUUGAUGAUGAGCUUGAAAAACUCAAAGACGCUGUUUCUGCCAUUAAAGCCGUACUUUUGGAUGCAGAGGAGCAGCAGUACAAGAGCCACGCGGUGAAGAAUUGGGUUUCGAGGCUUAAAGAUGUUCUCUACGAUGUUGACGACUUGAUUGAUGAGUUCUCUUAUGAAACCUUGAGAAGACAAGUUAAGGCCAAAGAUGGACGAAAGCCUGAACAGGUAUGUAUGUUCUUCUCCAAGUCAAAUCCAGUUGCAUUUGGUUUUAGAAUGGGUCAAACAAUAAAGGACAUUAGGGAGAAAUUAAAUGGCAUUAAUGCUGAUAAAACCCAAUUUCACUUUUCUGAGCGUACGAUGGACACGCCAGAUGAUGGGCUUAGGAAGGGACGAGAGACUUACUCUUUUAUACCUGAAGGUGAAGUAAUUGGUAGGGAUGAUGACAGAAAAGCAAUUGCAGAUCUUUUGUUAGAUACCAACUUCAAAGAGGAUAUUGCAGUGAUUGCUAUAGUUGGAAUGGGAGGAUUAGGAAAGACCACACUUGCUCAAUCUGUCUAUAACGAUGAGAUGAUAAGAAAACAUUUUGCACUAAAAUUGUGGGUGUGUGUUUCUGAAGAAUUUGAUGUUAAAAUUAUUGUAGAAAAGAUUCUGGAGUCUGCAACAAUGAAGAGGCACGGGCCUUUUGAAAUAGAUACAUUGCAAAGUUUACUUCGAAAGGAAAUUGAUGGAAAGAAAUAUCUAUUCGUCAUGGAUGAUGUGUGGAAUGAGAACUAUGAGAAAUGGGUCCAUUUGAAAAGAUUAUUAAUGUGUGGAGCAACUGGAAGUAGGAUUUUGAUCACCACGCGUAGUAUACAAGUUGCAAAAACAUUUGAUGUAGUAUCACUAUAUCCUUUAGAAAAUCUAAAUGAAGACGACUCGUGGUUAUUGUUUAAAAAGAUGGCAUCUUUGAAAGGAGCAGAAGAAGAGCUUGGAAAUUCAAAUCUUUUCAAAAUUGGCAAAGAGAUUGUUGCAAAGUUGAAAGGUGUUCCUCUUGCAAUAAGAACUAUUUGGAGACUUCUAUGUUCCAAAAAAUCAGAAGCUGACUGGUUAUUUUUCAAAAAUAAUGAACUUUCAAGAGCGGUACGACAAGAAAAUGAGAUGCAAUCAAUACUUAAGAUUAGUUAUAACCACCUUUCGUCUAAUUUAAAGCAAUGUUUUGCAUAUUGUGCUUUAUUCCCUAAAAAUUAUGAGAUUCGAAAGGAUGAGGUGAUAAAGCAAUGGGUAGCACAAGGUUUUAUUCAACCACAGAGUAUUAAAGCAAUUGAAGAUGUUGGUGAAGAUUAUUUUAUGGAGUUAUUGUGGAGGUCGUUCUUUCAAGAUAUAAGGAGUAAUGAAUUGGGAGACAUCAAACAGUUUAAGAUGCACGACUUAAUGCAUGAUCUUGCAUGUUCGAUAGAUGAAAAUGAAUGCGUGCUUGCUAGUUUGAAUGCUAGGUCUAUCGUAAAAAGAACUCGACACGUGUUAUUUGAGUUUAAGUUAAAUGAAACGUGGGAACUUCCAGAAUCAUUAAUUGAGGCAAAGAAUUUGACAACAUUGUAUAAUCCUCCAUUUGAUCGUAAGAAACCCCUCCACAAGAUGUUUUCUAAUCAUUUGCGAUUACGAACAUUGGUUCUGGUGUAUAGCUUUAUUAUAGAAUUGCCCAAGUCCACUAGCAAGUUGAAACAUUUGCGAUAUCUUGACCUUAGUUGUAAUAAUUAUAUAGAAUUCCUUCCAAAUUCUAUCACUGAAUUGUAUAAUUUGGAAACACUUCUCCUUUGUGGUUGCACAGGUUCGAGAACAUUGCCAAGAGAUACUAAAAAUUUGAUCAGCCUUAGACAUCUUGAUAUGUGUGAUUGUUAUGCAUUGACUCAUAUGCCAAAAGGAUUGGGUGAGAUGACUAGUCUUCAGACAAUGAAUUUAUUUGUAUUAGGAGAUACUAAUAGCAACGGAUUAAGUGAGUUGAAUGGACUUGGAAAUUUGAAGGGAUCGUUAACUAUUCGAGAUUUACAAUUUCAGACUAUUGGUGAUUUACAAAAAAAUGCUUAUUACUUGAAAUUAAAGUCAGGAAUUAAACGGUUGAUGUUACAUUGGAAGGAUGGUCGUGGAAAGAAGUCUAAAAUUGUUGCCUUGGAUGAUGAAGAAAGAGUUUUAGAAUGCUUAGAACCACAUCCAAAUCUUCAAAAGAUAGAAAUAUUGGGAUACCAUGGAGCAAGGCUUUGUAAUUGGCUAUCCUCUGAUUCGCUUGUUCGUCUGGUCACCAUAAAACUUUCACAUUGUAGUAGAUUGCAGCAGCUCCCUCAAUUUGAUCAAUAUCCUUUUCUCAAGCAUCUUUGUCUUGAAUCCUUGAUCUGUAUCGAGUACAUUGACAACAAUAGUAAUAUUUACCUUUCUUCAUCAACGUUCUUCCCAUCCCUUGAGAAAUUAGAAAUUUCAACCAUGCCAAACUUGAAGGGAUGGUGGAAAGGCGAAACGUCAGGGGAAUUAGCUCAAAAUAGUGUCUCAUUUCCAACAAUGAUGCCUUGCCUUUCUACGUGACUAAUUGAGCGUUGUGGUCAGUUGGCUUCAAUUCCAUGGCAUGCACCUUUGAAAUUAGUGAAAAUAAAAAAUGUUAAUUCACAGCUGUUUCAUUCAUUAAUGAAAACGGCAACAAACCUUGCUAUAGAGUCUUCUCCUACUCGGUCGUCUAAAUUGUCUUCGCUUCACCUUGAAGAUGUUGAACAUCUUGAGUUUCUGCCAGAAGAAUUAUUCCACAACUUGCCAUCUCUUAAGAUUCUUAAAAUAACAAAUUGUGCACAUAUGCAAAUGUUAUCUCCUCCUGCUGCUCAACCGGAUGACAAUGGUGUACUGUGGAAAGAACUUAAUAGUCUUCGUUCUCUAUCUCUUAAGAGUAUUCCAAAACUAGAGCAUUUGCCUCAGGCUCUAAAACACGUGACAACUCUUCAAGAUUUGGUUAUAACUGAAUGUCCAAAUUUAAUGAUUGUACCAGAAUGGAUUGGCAACCUCACAUCACUCUCAUCAUUGGUUGUUUAGAGUUGUACAAAGCUAACUUCGUUACCUGAAGGAAUUGGCAACCUCGUUUCACUAACAAGGUUGGAAGUUUCUCACUGUUCCAACUUUACUGCACUAUCGGAAGAGAUCUGUCGCCUUGUUUCACUGCCAAGCUUGAGAAUUAGUGACUGUCCUAAUUUCACUUCACUGCCCGAAGGGAUUUGCCACCUUACUUCACUGUCAUAUUUGUACCUUUCUUACUGUCCUAAUUUAAUUCCACUGCCGGAAGGGAUCCGCCACCUGCGCUCAUUACGAGAGAUGCAAAUUUAUGGGUGCCCCGAAUUGAUAGAAAGGUGCAAGAAAAGAAAUGGAGAAGAUUGGCCUAAAAUCGCGCAUGUCCCUCACGUUUAUCCGGAACCUUAACAUGGAAGAUAACAAAAACUGGGUGAAUUCAACAAACCAGCUUCCUCAGCCAUUAGAUUACAACUUCUUGUGGAGAGAUGCAAGCUAAGCCAAGAAUCAUUUCUCAUCAGUCAUCUCUGAUCAUUUUGCUCAUUGGCUUAAUCUGAUACAGAUCAUUCAGAACUUAGAAUAUUGAGGAGAAGACCUACUGAGUAAGACAUCAAGUAUGAUAGACACAAGUGAAGGAAAGAGGUGAUCCAAAAUAAUGUUGUUUGAACCCUUUUGGACUUUCUCUCCUUUCGAGCAACAUGAAUAAACGAGAGAUGAUAUAGUUGAAUGCCACCUUGAACUGAGUUUUUUUUUUCUUCUUAUUUUUGCUCUUGUAAUAAUAUUGUCGAUUUUUCAUGAUAUAUUUAUCUCUCUUUUGUGUGUGCCUCUCGUUUGGAUUGGAGAGAGCUUUUGUGUAUCUAAUAUUGUUGAUAGUGGAGAUUUUGACUA